AUGAACCCAUUGACCAUCCCCGAACUCCUUAACUCCAUCUGCUAUCAGCUGGACAGACCCUCGCUUGUCGUGGCCUCUCAAGUCUGCAAGCAAUGGUCCGAGACUUGCACCGUCCUCCUCUGGGAAUCCUGUCCAUUCUCCGCAGACCGUUACAACGCCUAUCCUACCGCAUUUGACGACCAUGCUCACCUGGUCCGUAUCAUGGACGCCAAGAUGCGGCUCAUUGGUCGAGAGAUGCGAUUCAUUGCUCACCAAUGCACCAAUAUGACUGAGCUCGCUAUCCGACAUUGCCAAUUCACCUCCGCAAGCCUUGAUGUUCUGUGCGGAGGAAUUCCCCGAGUCGGCCAUCUCACUUUGGAGCUCUGUCGUGGCGUCAACAGUACGAUCGCAGCACGUCUUGUCCGGAUCCCACGACUGACACACCUCGAAAUCAUUGUCCAUACUCAAGAACGUGGGAACGGCGAUUGGCGUGAGGAGCAUAUGGUGACGCUGUUGACACGAUGCCAACUCGAGUACCUCAAGAUCCUCGGUCCCGAUUUGUCGCAUGUCCAUCUAGCUGGUGUCGCAAGGUACGAGAACCCUCUGCCGCUGGUCUCCUUACAUCUGAUCGGCACAUACAUCCCAGAUGAUGCCCUUGGUCGUCUCCUUACCAAGUGUCCUCGUCUAUCGACCUUUGUUCUUUUGAACAACGCCAACAAGAACUCGACUCUCCAGACCAUUGCCCAGCACGGUUCUAGCCUGCGGAUGCUAGAGCUACGGAAUUCUAAGAGUGUGACAACACCCGCAUUCGACGCCGUCUUCAAGACAUGCCACCUUCUCACCAGUCUGGAUAUCUCGGGAACACUGAUCCACGAUGCAGCCAUCUCGACGUUAGCCCGACAUUGUCCGUGGAUCCAGUCCUUGGAUCUGACUGGUUGCUCACGCAUCACAAGCACGUCUUUUCUGGAGAUGAUGGUGACUCUGGAGGAGUUGAAGGAGCUGAGAGUUGGAGGCUGUACACGACUGUCAAUUGCCAGUUUCUCGGGGGCGAUGGCAUGGGCCUGCAGAAGUAGGCUCGAGGUGCUGGAUAUGCCGUCGGUGGGCAUCAAGGUGGAGAAUGAUUCGUUUGCGGGAUUGAUUCAGCACCUGGAGUCGUUGACACGGUUGCGGCAUUUGACGAUGGAUGAGCCGGUGGGGGGGCACAAGGCUGUACAAGAACUUUUGUUGAGGCGGCCCUAUGUUACGCUUUCGAUCAACGCUGCGGCCCUUCGGGUGCUGUGGGAGUCUGAGAAGCAGGCUGCCGUCUGA